AUGGAAGAGAUCGGUGAAAAUCAUUCUCAAAGAUCUAUCAUUGACAGAUACAAAGCGUUCCUAACUCAGAAAAGAUCCGAAUGGACGAGAGAAGAGGAUAAAGCCCUCAUGGAAGCUUGCAGAAAUUUUAAAGGAAGAUGGUCCCUUAUUGCCAAGUUUUUUGAUGAUAGAUCAGGAGAUCAGGUAAAAAUACGCUACCAUCAACUAUCCCAAGACCAAAUCAAAAAGAAAAGGCAACAGAGAGCUGAGCAAAAAAAUAAAAAUAAAACAGCAGUUACGAAGAAGAAGGAAACAACCAUUGAUGAAAACGAAAUAUGGGAUAUAAUCAAUAAGGACUUCGAAAACCAUUUCAAUGACAUUUUUGACUGA